AUGGAUUUUGAGAGUGCAGGUAAGGAAAGAAAGUUGCAAUUGUGUGAAUUGGAAGAAUUGAGGAAUGAAGCAUAUGAAUGCGCAUCAACAUACAAAGACAAGAUGAAAGCGGUUCAUGAUGCCAAGGUGAAGAAAAAGGUGUUCGAAGUUGGCCAAAAAGUUUGGCUUUACAAUUCAAGAUUGAAAUUCUUUCCGGGAAAACUCAAGAGCAAAUGGAUGGGUCCAUAUGUCAUUACAAGAGUUGGAAAGUUUGGUGAAAUUGAAAUUGAGGAUCCAAAAGAUGGAGUGAAGCAAAUGGUCAACGGACACCGUUUGAAGCCUUAUUUAGAUGCAAGUGACAUUAAUGGCUCUACAAAAGAAAUGGUGAACUUCAUCUCAAGUCCAUCAUCUUAUGAUCUUGCAUGA